CCAUAUUGUAUAGGAAUCAGGUUUUGAAAUAAGGUCUACUGAUAAGACCUUGUCAGAUCACGAUACUCGCAAACGUAGUGUCGCUCAGUCGGAUCUGAAGAGUCGGAUUAUAGUGACUUGUCUUUAUUAAAUGUAAAACUUUAUUGAACGUGAAUUUUGUGCAGGAUAAAGCCAUAAUGGAGAAAAAUAAAAGCCAAUCAGUUAAGGUGGACAACUUUUCUUCGACAAUUGGGCUCGCUGCCAAUCCAGGGUUCCAAUCUACAUUGAGCAUUGCAUCAAAAGGUCUACCUCAAGACGACAAGCCCUAUAACCCUUUUGAACAUCGAAAUGUGCAACAUCCUAACACGACAUUGGGGUCGAUUCUUCAUCUCCUGAAAUCCUGUCUUGGCUCUGGUAUACUGGCGAUGCCUGCUGCGUUCAAGAAUUCUGGUCUAGUCGCUGGUGUCAUUGGCACUAUCCUAGCUGGUUUCGUCUGUACACACACUGUACAUAUUUUGGUAAAAACAUCACAGCAAAUCUGCGUUGAAGCAAAGAGGCCUUCAUUGAGUUUUGCUGAAACAUGUGGUGCUGCCUUUAUGUACGGACCCAAAAGAUUACGCUCUUGGUCCGGAGCAAUCCAAAAAUUCGUCGAUUACUCGCUCUCGGUGACAUAUUUGAGUGUUCUAUGCGUUUACGUUGUUUUUAUUGGAUCGUCACUCAAAGAAGCACUAGAUGUGUAUAUGCCCGGAUAUCAGCUAUCGAUCCAAGCCUACUGCGCUCUCAGUCUGGUUCCCCUGGUCGUGGUCUGCCAGAUCAGGAAUCUUAAGUACCUGGUUCCGUUCUCGGCUAUUGCCAACGCUCUCAUCUUCCUGGUCUUCGCGAUUACUCUGUACUACAUGUUUUUCGACCUGCCGCCUGUGUCUGAUAGAGUAAUGGUCGCUAAUGUGUCCACUUGGCCGUUGUUUUUGAGUACAGUGAUAUUCGCAAUGGAAGGGAUUGGAGUAGUAAUGCCAGUUGAGAACGAAAUGGCCAACCCUCGUCGAUUCCUCGGCUGCCCAGGUGUCUUGAACACAUCUAUGUUUAUAGUCAUAACACUUUAUGGAGUGUUUGGGUUCUUUGGCUACGUGCAAUUCGGGGAUGACGUCAAAGGGAGUGUGACUUUGAACUUACCGCAAGAUGAAAUCAUUGCCCAAUCGGCCAAGCUAAUAAUGGCUUUUGUAAUAUACCUGACGUACGCACUGCAAUUUUACGUUCCAAUGGAGAUCAUAACUAGGAUGCUGGCGACAAGGAAAUCAAAUUCAUAUGAAAAUCUCAUCCAGAUCACGAUCAGGACUUGUCUGGUCACACUUACAGUUGCAAUUGGAGCAGCAUUUCCCAAUUUGGAAUUAGUGAUCGGUCUCGUUGGAGCAAUCUUUUUCUCGACUCUUGGGCUUUUUAUACCGGUCGCCGUCCAAACGAUUUAUCUUUGGGAGAAAGAUUUCGGAAGAUUCAACUAUAUUCUGUGGAAGAACAUCAUUAUUGCCAUAAUAGCCAUUAUAGCCUUGGUUUCUGGAGCCUAUGUGUCCAUUGAUGGCAUAUUGGAAGAUUUUGGCAGGCAUACCGUCAUUAAUAUUGUAGAUGAAAAUUCAACUGUUACAUAAUAAGUCCAAGAAAUAUGCUGGUUCAUAUUUAUUUCUAGAGCUUUCUCGGAAAUAUUUCUAAGGAAAUAUAAAUUAAUGUAUCAAAUGCUAUGCUAGAGUAAGAAUGUUUCUAAUGUCUUAUUUAUUUAUGAAAACACCACUUCUUCUUCUGUAUCUCAAUCAUGUCGCUCUUGACAGAGUGGUCAUGAUCGUCAUGUAGUAAAAUAUAUAUAGUACCACUGCCUCCAUAUUAUAAAAGCCUCGAACUGAAAAUUUGUAUGCUUUAUAAUUAAUAACUAUUUCAUAUUUCUUACACAUUUCAAUGUAUUUCAAAUGUAAAAGUAUACUAAUAUUUUUUUAUUGAAUUGUAUUAUAGCAGUUGUGUUUCAUAUGUAUAUAUUUGAAUGUGUAUAAGUUUAAGACACUCUUGUUCUCAUAAAACGGUAAUUUGUCCAAACUACUUAAACUUAAGAAGUAGUUAAAAAUAUUGUUGCCGAUUCGGCUCUGUAUACCAUUUACGUAAAUAAUUUAAAUAACUCUACAGAUACAUAACAAAAACCAAAGCAGUAUUAUUUUAGACUCUACAGUUUCACUGACAGGAGUAUACUUUAUAACUAUAUUCAAAUUUUCUCGCAAAAUUAUCACCAGUAGACGAUGCAAAACGUAAUACAAAUAUUUAUGGGUUUGUGCAGCAUUCUGCAUUUAGCUUCUUUUAAACUUUUCUAUCACAUCUUUUUUUCGAUCUGUUCUUUUCUCUAUAUACUAUAUAAAAAUGUAUUACUUAAAAUAACUUAAACUUAAAGUAAAGUAAACUAACUUAAGCUUAGAGUAACUUAAAAAUACUUAUUAAAUGUAUUACUUCUUGAUUAUAGGAACCAAAUUUUUACUAUAUUUUAUAUUACGUUAAUGUACCUCGAAUAUAGUACAAUGAUAAUUAUUUCUCGAUAUAUUAAAACUAACAUUCGGAUUUGAUAACACACUUAUAAAUAAAUCCAAAUAGUCCUCUUAAACUUAAAAUUAAUUCAAUUCAUUAACUAUCUCUUUGAUCAGUUUUAAAGUUAAUUUUGAGACGGGUAGGUACCACCGCCCCGCCUAUUUCUGCCGUGAAGCAGUAAUGCGUUUCGGUUUGAAGGGUGGGGCAGCCGUUGUAACUAUACUGAGACCUUAGAACUAUAUCUCAAGGUGUGUGGCGCAUUUACGUUGUAGAUGUCUAUGGGUUCCAGUAACCAGAUGGGCUGUGAGCUCGUCCACACACCUAGGCAAUAAAAAUAAAAAAAAAUAUUAACCUUAUUAAAUCUUGAAAAUUAAUAACAGAAAAUAUCUGUAAUUUUGUACAAAUAUGAUUUGAAACUGAGAGGCAAGAACUAAUUAACGAAAAUGAAAAUGUAAAAAUGUAUUACAAUAUUCCUUAUGUUCUUAAAGGUGUCUCCGUUGAAUUUUGACUUUCAAUAUAGCAAAUUUGUCUCGAUAGGUCAGCAAAGGAAACAAAUGCAAAAAAAAUGUACAACAAUUUUAAAUCUGAAGAGAUUAAUUAAUGUAUGGUUUCUUGUAAAUUUUAUAAGUUUAAUAAAAUUAAUGAAAUUCAUUUAGUAUUAUUUUUCAUUUAAUAUUAUUAUCGGCCGUCAUGUUAUAUAAUUUAUAUAUAUUUUUUUAGUAUUUUUUUAUUAGUAUUUUUUUCGAUUUUUGUGAGUAGUAUAUGUAAUUAAAAUUGAUUUAAAAUUUAAUAUCUUGUUUAUUAUUGGCGUUUGCGAAGUGCUUCCAAAAUUUUAAAACUUUACAGUUUCCGUGAUCUCAGAUGACGAAGGUGUUAUUUUAUUCGUCGACAUUUGAAUAUUGUUCUAAAUGCCGUCUUAAAUUUAAAAAAGGGUGCGUGUACUUAUGUACGCGCGUAAGAAGUUAUACUUUAUUUUUAUUAAAUUGAUUUCUUUUUUUUAUUUUAUUUUUUUAAAUUUUAAUCAAUUUGAAAAAAUAUCGAUUAAUCAACAUCCUCAAACACGCAUAUUGGACAUCCCUUUUCUUGACAUCGUAUAAAUUCGGUAAUUCUCGGUACGGUUCGGAAAGUUCACCUGCGGCUAUAUUCAGACUCGCCAAGUUACGUCGGUCGUAUUGUAAUGAGCGAUUUAGUGGGCAACUUCAUUUCUGUUAAUUUUGUGUAACGGUGCGCGCGCAUCGUAAAAUUUCACUCUCAUCAAUUUUUCAUAACGCGCCUAAAGAAGUAUAACUUCAAAAAAGAAUCUGGACUCUUACAUUUCUUUACUCGCAGAAAGAAACAUGAACAGUGUCUUCAGGACUGGCCAAGGACCAGGCCAGGACUGGCAGCUAGUUCGACUUGAGUAUUCAUAUUCACUAAAAAUAAUAAACAAGAGAUUAAGCUUAGUUAAAAGUAGUUUUAGUUUUUUAUUAAUUAGGAGGAUCAGAAGGGAAGUUCAGAAGGUUGCGUGUUCAAAUCACGUUGCGGUCACCAGUUUGAGAGGUAAUGACAAAAGGAAGAUCUUCUAACGAGCGAGUGGAAUUUGCUCAGUAGACCGACGGUCCGAAUUUUGUUGUUUGGAACUUGUUUAUACGUACAUACAUAUACAAACUUAUCAUCAAACUGUCGUUAACGGAAUCUAGGCAUCUGUUAUAAUAUCUUGUGUUCAUCAAUAGUUAUGUUUUUGUUUAGUUAAGUACACGAAGAAGUUUCUAAAUAAAUAAUUUAAUUUAA